CUACUACUAUUUCAUCUAUUGCUACAUUAGCUACUACAGCUACUAAGUUUACAUCUACUGAGCCUACAACUACUGAGUCAACAACUACUGAGCUUACAACUACUAAACCUACAACUACUACAUUUAUUAUUUCAAAAAUACCCAAAAAAUUAGAAACAGUUGUUGGAAUUAUAAGAGAACUCAGAAAUAAAAUUGAUGUCAUGAUGGAUUUGUAUAAUAGUGAAGAUGAAGACUCCAAUUAUAGAUAA